CCGUCACUUCUUCCGCCCGCGUGACACCUGCAGUUACAGUCCAAACAUGAGCGCUUCUGCUGUGGUUCGGAGGUUAGCAGCUCUGUCAGGAGCCUCGGCAGUGGGAGCUGGGGCUUACGGGGCUCACGGUUUCAAGAACAGCGAUCCUGAUGACUACAGAAUAGUGCUUUUUGAAACCGCCAACAAGUACCAUUUCUACCACAGCCUGGCCUUGCUGGGUGCUGCCCACUGUGGGAAACCUGCUGUGGCUGGUAGCCUUCUGAUUGCGGGCAUGGGGAUGUUCUGUGGCUCUCUAUACCACCAGGCUCUGACAGGGGACCCCGGACUGCGCAAAGCGGCUCCCGUGGGGGGCGUAGCUAUGAUUGUUGGAUGGCUGGCCAUGAUUCUCUGAACUGUGACAGCUUACAUCUUCUCCAGAGAGCCACACUGUGACACUAAACUGUCAGACUGCUAAUAAAUGAACUGGAGAACUUGUAAGAGUUGGCUGAGGGGUAGUGCUGAGUUAUAAUGUCACCCAUCCAACCACCGCCUGCCCUGGGUUGUGGAUGUCAGCAGGAGAUAAGGUCACCGCAGGAUUAUCACUUUUCUGCCACUGCUGUCUGUUUGUGGCUGCUGCCCUUUGACUAUAAUGUUAAACUGGAUAAGAAAUUUAACACAAAAUGAAUGGAAUGAACUGUAUCAUCCAAACAGUUUGUCAUGGAACAUUUUAACUUUUGGUGGGAAAAUCAAUAAUGAGCUGAUUUGAGUUAAAAUGCAUCAAUAAGACAGUGUUUGUUGUAAAAAUAAAGAAUCCCUUAUGAUAGAUUAAGAAUGAAAUCAUUUCCUAAACUCUGAAAUCUUUUUUUCCACAAGGAUUGUUUAUUUACCUUUAAACAGUCAUUUAUCAGCAUGAAUAAAUCUCAACAAUGAAUAUUCAA